AUGCCGUCUGGUUUCGCCACCUCAUUCGGUGCGAUGCUCUUGGGGGUGCUGAUGUCGUCGAUACUAUUCGGUAUCGCUAAUCUGCAGGUGUACAUAUACUUCAAGAAGUACACAAAUGACCCCUUGUGGACCAAGAUCUCUGUAUGUGCGUUAUGGAUCGUCGAUGCGUUAUGUGUAUCAUUCUCCUUCUAUCUGAUAUAUCAGUAUUUGAUCACGGACUAUACCAACCCUGAGGCGUUGUUGGUUAUCGACUGGAACUUCAAGGCGCAAGAUAUUUUGAGUUCAAUUUGCAUAUUUUUUGUGCAAACACUAUAUGUCCACCGCAUCUGGAUAUUGGACGCUUCAAUCAAUCGCGAUUCCCGCAUACGCCGCUUCCUACCUGGAAUUGCUUCCAUAUCCGUAUGCGCUGGAUAUGCUGCUAGUCUAGUGCUUUCCCACGAGAUAACCGCGCCCGCAAACGCGACUCCCAACGGUUUACUAGGCCACCAGUGGAUUACAUACUACCCGUUGUCAGUGUAUCCUGGAAUUGAUGCGGUAAUCGCGGCGUCUCUUUGCUUUCUGUUGCGCAUCAGCCGCACUGGGUACCGACGAACGGACAGCUUGAUAAACACACUCAUGCUAUAUACCGUCAACACUGGCAUCAUCACCAGUCUUUGCUCUCUUGCAGCGAUCAUUGCGAUGAAGAUCAGUCCACGUACUUUCAUUGUUGCCGCUGUCGAGUUUCUGCUGCCAAGGGUAUACGUGAACUCGUACAUUGCUAUGCUGAAUGCGCGGAACUCGCUCCGCGGGUCCGAUUUUCGCAUGACGCGAGACUAUGUCCUGAAUACAUUGCAGCACGCUGUGACUCCUGAGGUCACAGAUGAUUCAAAGCCACCCGCAUUGCCACAGACGAUCAAUAUCCAAAGUGAUAUCGAUAAUGACUCAGGCGGUCCUCGAUCCUCGUACACGGACGGAGAGAGGAACGAAGGCGUCAUGAUAUCUCUCUCGAAGGAGCAAGCUUCAUCUCCCGGGCCGCUGCCGACGCCACCUCAAGCACAUGUGUAUGCGAUCCAUAAUACAGCGCGCAGUAUGCUCCGCUAUGGACAGACCUUGCGUGAAAGCAAGAAUAAGGUCGCCAUCCUGUUCCCGCCAGCUGCGGUGGCCUUCAUUUCUGGCUGCGGUUGCGACCUCCUCAUUAACAUCUUGCUCACAAUUUUCGGAUACUUCCCCGGGCACAUUCAUGCAUUCUGGCUGAUAUACAAGAAGAUGAAGGCUGAGGAGAUGUACGGGCGUGGUGGCUUCCGCUAUGUUGGGAGCGGCACCUACGAGCCCUUGUACACCGGCGCCCCUGGUGUUGCUCCAGGUGCUGCGCCCAGCUACGGUGCCACAGCUGGAAACUACGUCCGGUAAACUUACCAGUUGAUUAAGCUUCAUGCGUCACGAUUACGAUCAUGAUACCUGAUCCUUUCUUUCUUGAACGAUUCGGAUUGUAUACAAGCUACUUGUAUAUACUGUUUGUUUUCGAUGUGGCAUGUACAGAAAUACAGCGGCUCGCCCACCCCUAACGCUCCUCC